ACAAACGGGUUAACAACAACACAAACGGGUUAACAACAACAACGACACAAACGGGUCAACAACAACACAUUGACCAGUUAGAAACACAAUCAAAGUGAAGCUGUCUCCACUGAGCUGUCUUAUAAACAGACUGAUGUCUGUGUCUCUGUCUCCCUGCCUGUCUGUCUGCCUGUCUCUCUGUCAGUCGUAUCUAUGAGAUCCUUCCUCAGAGGAUCCAGCAGUGGCAGCAGAGUCCGUGCGUUGCAGAGGAAAUGGGCCGGAGACAGCUGGAGCGAAUCAGGAAGGAGCAGCAGGCAGCGAGGCUCCGCCUCACUCUGAUGGAGAAACGUUUCCACGAGCUCGAAGGUAUCAUCACCAACGCCAAGCAGCAGCAGGUCCAACAUCACGAGGAGGUGACUGAAGGUGACAGUGAGGACACAGACCUGCAGGUCUUCUGUGUUUCCUGCAGUCACCCCGUCAACCCGAAGGUGGCUCUGAGACACAUGGAGAGAUGCUAUGCUAAGUAUGAGAGUCAGACAUCGUUUGGCUCCAUGUACCCAACACGAAUAGAGGGCGCGACCCGGUUGUUCUGUGAUGUGUAUAACCCUCAGAGUAAGACGUACUGUAAGCGGCUGCAGGUUCUGUGUCCUGAACACUCCAGAGAUCCAAAGGUACCAUCGGACAGGUCACCACUCUGUCAUCAUUCAGCAGAGCAGUAAAGCUUUUUCAUUCAGUUGGAAACCCAAUUAAACAAAAUAACAAUAUGAAAUAUAACAAAAUAACUAUGAACUAUAACA